ACCCUGUUGUUUCGUGUACCGUUGUAGGCCUUUUUCACUUUCCUCUCCUCCCCUCUCCCCUUCGGUUCUUCAGCACGCUGGUACUACCUUAGGGUUUCACCGAGUCACACUCGUUGACCACUCCCCGGAAAAAGAGAGAGAAAUGGCAAAUCAAGGUGCCAAGAAGCGAAAGGAGGAGAAUACUCGGCACAUGGCGAAUCUCCGUCGCAUCAUCAUUGCCUGCAAUGUAAUUCGCUACUGACUGUGAGCCACACUCCACAGGCUUAAGCCAAUGACAUGCAAGCUUGGUUACUAAACAACGGUGAUUUUGUUAUAUUUGUCUUGGUUAGGAUGCUGAUCUUCCAUUCCUCAUUCACAUGGAAACAUUGGGUUGGUCUAGUUUUGACUUCUGCCGCUUACUUUAUCCCCUAUCAACAGCUUGCCCAGAUGGCAAAACCUACUUAUGCUAAUGAUGGAGAGCUUCUUGAUGGUGGAUUUGAUAUGAGUACUGGCGGAAUUUGUGGCUAUUUACAUGAUGUAAUCUACAUUACAAGUUUUGUGCAACUGAUGUCCAUUAUCUCUGAAAAGUUUUGGUAUACAUAUCUGGUGAUACCAGCAUUUGGAGCAUACAAAUCAUUUGGGUUCAUUAGAGGAUUUUUAUCGCAAGGCUCAGAGGGAGAGGUGGAGGAUGAAAAGACUCGCAAGAAAAGGGAAAAGAUGGAGAAAAAGGCUUCAAGGCCAAAGUUUGUCAAGACAAGGAAUAGAUGAGUGAAAUGAAAAAACAGAGCUCUUGGAAAGUAGUUCACUCAAAAAUUUCGGAGGUUGCUUUCAAAUUUUAGAACACAAAUGGUAUAAGUUUGACGGAACAUGUCGUAGUGGUUAAGUGACCAUGUAGCAGGCGUAAUGAUUGGAACAUGACCACGCUUUUAUUUUUUACAUGAUCUGGCUCCAUUAGGAACCACUAAUCAUCGAGGAGCUCACAAUCAAUCCUUUGGAAAGACAAUGCCUUUCCAUAAAUAUCAUAGGCGAUGUUGUAGUUUUGUUGGGCCAACAGUCCAAUCAAGGACAAAGUUGUUAUAUUGUCA